CGUUGCUGUUUAGUUGCAAGGACAGUAAGGGUUCGACAUUAGGCCUAUUUCUACUGAAUAUUUAUAUAUCAAAUCAUGCUGUACACACCAUGGCUUUCACAUACAGGUCAUAAGCACGUAACCAAUAAAAUUAAAACGUUUCAAAGUCUAAUUUUCGUGAGAUUGAUAUUCGUGACGUCAAUAGUCUGCGACUCCAUCUAAGCAAAAACAGUGACGCUUCCAAAAACAACAGACAAAUUGCACCUGGAUCCCGAACCAACCUAACUGUUUUUGGUUCUUAAUAACGUAAACAUGACAUCAAAUAUAGAUGUCAGUGUCUCUUUUCUCAAAUAUGAACUGGCCUCAACGAUCGAGCAAGCUGUUAGAUCUGCAGUGGACACUGUUUUGAAAGAGACAGCAAGGGUUGUGGGUAUCAAACUAGCUGCUGCUCGUACCGCUGCCGCUGAGUCCCACCGAGAGAACCAAACUUUGAGGGAACGAUUGGAGAUAUCAGAGGGUGAGUUAAAAGCUGUGCGGUAUUACAUGACUGCGGCCGAAAAGAAUAUCAAACAGUGCCUGCUUCUUAAUAACCAAAACCAGCCUCGAUCGAGUGUAGUGCGGCCACAGUCAGAGGAAAAUCUCUUUCUCUUCCCAUCCAAUACUGUUGAAAGUAACGUUAGCCAGGUGACUAGAGAGCAUUCACGCAACGUUAGGUCUUUUAGGAAUUCUCCAGGAAGGACCAGUUUCUCCAGAACACUUCCGAGCGUAGGACUGUGCUUGCCCACUCCUCAGUCAGAAUGGCCCAGGAGUGUACCCAAUCGCCGCAGAAUAAGAUCAUCAGCGUCGCUGAACCAGUCCCUCAUGAGCCACAACCAGGCCCCCCAGGCCCCGACAGAACCAAACCAGAUGUUAACUGGAACCGAGGAAGGAGCAGAUGGUCAGUUUUUCAUCGCAGACGAUGGAGUCACCAAUAAGGAAUACAAAGGCACCUUGAUCUCCACAGAGGAUGGCAACAGAAUUCCUGAUGAACAAGAGGCGCCAAUGCAGUCAGAGGACACAUCGGACCUGAGCAAAUUUGAGUUUGAGGUGGGUGGUGCUGCGGGUAAUGUGAAUGAGCUGGGCCUCAUUCAGGUACUGGAGGACCAUGAGGAAGUCAAGGACGCAAUGAUCAAGAUCGAAGACGACUCUGAGCCUCAGAAUACGGCUGCUUCUGGCCCUGAUCUGACUGCAGUGUCCGCAGCAUCAGCUGCUCUUACGGUCAAUGUGUCCACGUCUUCCUUGAUGACUUCAUCCCAGGUGUCAGGCCCUCCUCCGAUGGGGCUAGGUGAGGGCAGCGUCCCGCUCCAGAGCACUGUCCAGACGUCCCGGGACAGCUCAGAGAAGAUCUACCGCUGCAACGUGUGCGGCCGUGGCUUCCGGCGCUUCUACUGCCUGAAGACGCACCAGCGCAUCCACACGGGCGAGCGGCCAUACCCAUGCCGCUACUGCGAGAAGCGCUUUCGCCACCUGGACAGCCUGCACAAGCACCAGCGCAUCCACACUGGCGAGAGGCCCUACCGCUGUGCCCAGUGCGGGUGCUGCUUCCGCGAGCUGGGCCAGCUGAAGAAGCACCGGCUGACUCACUCGCCCGCUCAGACGGCCAGCGCCAUGCCCUCCCACGCCUCGCUUGGGCUCCUGCCCAGCACAGCGUCCUUCUCUUGGCCCCACGUCGGUGGUCAGUCCCUGGACUCCAUUUAAGCACACAGCAUGGUUUUUUUUUUUUUGCACUUUUGUUGCAUCUGACUUUUGGAAUAUCUUAUUCCAUAAAUGUUUUAUUUCCUUUCUUAACUUUUUGAUCAUGAGCUCUUGAGGUCCUCAGUCUCAUGAAGCCUUGAUUUGGGCAAUACUGGAGACCUGCUGUUUAUGACCCUAAAAUGUCACCCUGGCCUGUAUGUUACAGAUGUGCCUCAAAUGUCAAGUGUGACAUUGUUAGCUGGAGGCCUUGCAGUGACAGUGACAACUUAUAAUCUGAUUGUAUUGGGUUUAAAAACAUAUUGGUCUCUAAUUUAAAAGACUAAGUAUAAAUACUUUUUUGAUCCCGUGAGGGAAAUUUGGUCUCUGCAUUUAACCCAAUCGGUGAAUUAGUGAAACACAAA